AUGAAUUCUGCAUCACCUAGUAUAACGGGGCCGGAGAAGAACAAAGUUAUCAUAGAAGACAAAUCUCUUGAAGUUUCCGGUUCUCAUGAACGGGGAGAACUCGAUUUUGAUGAAUAUGAAGUUCCUAACGAUGAUGAACCUACUGAAGAAGAACUUCGUUCUCUGAGACACGUUGGUGGUCAUAUCCCAUUCCGCUGUUGGCUUAUCGCAAUUGUAGAAUUAUCAGAGAGAUUUUCUUACUACGGUCUUUCAGCACCAUUCCAAAACUAUAUGCAAAAUGGUAAGCAUGAUAAUCCUGCCGGUGUUUUGGACUUGAAAUCUCAAGGUGCCACUGGUCUUGCUUAUUUCUUUCAAUUUUGGUGUUAUGUGACGCCUGUUUUUGGCGGCUGGCUCGCUGAUACUUACUGGGGCAAAUACGAAACUAUUUGUGUGGGUACUGGUGUCUAUGUGGUUGGUAUCUUUAUCCUCUUCAUUACAUCUUUGCCUUCAGUUGAUUCUAAAAACACUGCAUUAGGGGGGUUUAUUACAGCUAUUGUUCUUAUUGGUAUUGCUACCGGUAUGAUUAAAGCUAAUUUAAGUGUUUUGAUCGCAGAUCAAUUCCCCAAACGUAAACCACGCAUUAAGACUACAAAACGCGGUGAGAGGGUUAUUGAAGAUCCAAACAUUACCAUUCAAAACGUCUUCAUGUUUUUCUAUUUGAUGAUUAACAUUGGUUCCCUGAGUGUUAUUGCAACCACGGAAUUGGAGGAGCAUAAAGGAUUCUGGGCCGCUUAUCUAUUACCAUUUUGUUUCUUCUGGAUUGCGGUUAUCGUCCUUUUCGUGGGGCGUAAGAGUUACGUUCGUCCACCUGUUGGUGAUAAAGUUAUCGCUAAAUCAUUUAGAGUUUUGGGUCAAUUGAUCAAACACAGAUUUGACUACGAGGCGGUUAAACCAAGUGUACACCCGGAACGUGAUUACCCAUGGAAUGAUCAUUUCGUUGAGGAGAUUAAACGUGCUUUGAAAGCGUGUAAAGUUUUCAUGUUUUAUCCAAUUUAUUGGGUCCCAUAUGGUCAGAUGACAAGUACGUUUGUUAGUGUUGGUGGUGAAAUGCAAUUACACGGCUUACCAAACGAUUUCUUUCAAGCAAUUGAUUCCAUCGCUUUAAUUGUUUUCAUCCCAAUUUGCGAAUACUGGCUUUAUCCGUUCAUUAGAAGAUACACACCAUUUAAACCCAUCACUAAAAUUUUCUUUGGUUUCAUGUGGUGUUCAGCUUCUAUGAUCUGGGCCGCCGUCUUACAACACUUCAUCUAUAAGACUGGUCCAUGUUACGAUCAUCCAAUGGAUUGCCCCAAUGGUCCAAACAACAUUCACAUAGGCUGGCAGGUUCCUGCUUACGUUUUGAUCGCCUUUUCGGAAAUUUUUGCAUCCAUCACCGGUUUGGAGUACGCUUAUUCAAAGGCGCCAACAAGCAUGAAAUCCUUUAUUAUGUCAAUCUUCCUUUUGACAAAUGCAUUUGGUUCCGCAAUCGGCUGUGCUCUUUCUCCUGUUGAUACCGAUCCUAAGUACCUAUGGAUGUUUACUGGUUUAGCAGUUGCAUCAUUCAUCUCUGGCUGUUUGUUCUGGUUAACUUUCCACCAUUUGAAUGACACCGAGGAAGAGAUGAACGCAAUGGAUUAUGAAGAAAAUCAGGAAAAAAUCGAUGACGGUCUACAAAAAGGUACCUCUGACUUGGAAUUCGAACCUGCGGGUGCAGAUGAUAAAUUGGAUCACAUUGGUUCCCACGGAGCUACAGGAUUUCGUCAUGACGGAGAAUUGGGUGAAGAAGGAGAAUUAUCUCCAUAUAUGAGCCCAAAGAGCUUGUAA